CUAUUAUCGCUCUUUUACAUUUCUUUCUUUCCGGUUAGCAGUCAUGCCUUUCCAAAGAUUUGUCCAAACUGGUCGCAUUGCGAAAUGCUCGGCUGGUCCCUUGAAGGGACGUCUCGUCGCUAUUGUCGACGUGAUUGAUCAAAACAGAGUUCUUGUUGAUGGUCCUUUGACUGGUGUCCCCCGUCAAGAAUACAGAUUGAACAAUCUGCACUUGACCAAGUACCGCAUCAAGUUCCCCUUCACUGCCCCCACCCGCAUUGUCCGUAAGGCAUGGCAAGACAGUGACAUGAAGGCCCAAUGGAAGGUCAGCCCCUGGUCCACAAGGUCUCAAAACAUCUGCAAGCGUUCCCGUUUGAAUGAUUUCGAUCGUUUCAAAUUGCGUUAUGCCAAACGUCAACGCAACAAGUUGCUCACCGUUGCCUUCAACGCUUUGAAGAAGCGCACCAAGGAAGAUGGUACCGUCCGCAAAAUCAAGAAGGACAAACGUGAACGCAUUCGCGAAUUGAAGGCUCAAGGCAUCAAGAAGGGCGCUGCCAAGAAGUAAAUUUUACAAAUUUACUUAAUUUCUAAAUAGUUGACUAGUGUUUCUUUAAAAUGGAAAUAAUAAAAUAAAAACAAGAAAUAACUAUUUUAUAAGAAAACAAA